AUGUCCAAAGUUGAAGAACUUCACAAAAGAAAAUCAAAAUUACAAAUAGCCGGUACUGCAUGCUCAAACUGUCGCAAAACGUCUAAAGAAGCCGGAGUAAAAAUCUUAUUACGUUGUACACGAUGUCGCAUGUCGUAUUAUUGUUCAAAGAAUUGUCAAAAAGCUGAUUUUCCAGGUCACAAACAAUUCUGUCAAGCGCUUUGCGAACUUUCAGCCAAAGAAGAAGCUUGGAAACUUUGUGACGGCGACGAAACAGAAUGGAAUAAACGCGUAAUUGAACAUAUGCAUUUACUCGAUGAGGCACUCGACCGUCCACUUACAGACUACGAAAAGAAUUCGUUACUCUACCAACCAAAGUGUCAAGUAUGUCUCAUAAGCGCCGUGGAAUUGAAAUCACCCCAGAAAUUAAUUCCAUGUUUGUCUUGUAUGAUUAUUUCGUGUUGUUCGGAAGCGCACUGGAAAAUACAUCGACCAAAGCAUCAAAAAUUAUGCCAGACUUAUAAAAAUAUGAUUGAAUGUGAAAAUGUAAUUUAUAAGUUGAUGGGUGAGACCGCGUGGGCACAAGAAGAAUGGGACGAGAGUCGAACGUUUCCACCACUCCCGAAAGAUUGGCAAACGUAUUUCGAGUGGCGCAAUGCGCCGAAAUUUUCUGAAUCGUUUUUGAGUGUUGUUACGAAUUCGUUAUCCCCACCUUUGACUAUUCUUGCGGCAAUUGAACGGUUCUAUACAAGAGAUGAAUUACACGCGUUAGAUGAAUUAAUAAUUCAUUUGAUUGGAGCAUCGCAAUAUGAGAUUAUGUCGUUGUCUUCUUUCGAGGAAAUAAUGCACGUAUUACCAAACGUCAAAGUGCUUCGUCUAAUACUGGUAGGCUUAGAAUUACCAAACAAAACAACUCCUGCCGGAAUCAGCAUGAAAUGCUGUUCCCGAUGCGAAAAAGAGAAUCGGAAACGUAUAUGCGCGUUAUUUCCCACUUCUUAUCACGAACAUGCCGAGCAACCGGACGAUUAUAUCAAACCUCAUAUCGCUGUUGGCUUCAAUACAGGCCUAUACGAGACAGACACUGAACAUUGGGAACCCACCGUUAAAUAUCUACUAGAUAAGGAUACUCCUUGUGUGUUUACGUCUUAUUCGAAAGAAGAGGCGGCGCAAGAUUUACAAGCGUUGAAGGAUUGGGGCGCGAAAAUUAUUAGUGGGAAUAAAGAAAAUAAAUGGAAGAGUAUUGUGCCAUUGAUUGAACCGCAAGUUUUGGAUAAAUUCUUUUAUAAUAACUAUUAUAGAACACUGUUUCGGGGGAACGCGUCCUAA